AUGCGUGGGACCCCAAUUGGUUUACUACAUGCCGUGAUUAAAAGCCUCAACAAACCAAAACGAACCGCACCUCUGUUUUCAGCACUGCCUCUGACCCACUCACUCUUCACUUCAUCCACUGGUCUUCAAAAAUCCACAAUUCCCAAAAAUCACAACAAAGUCACAAGCUUUUCUUCUUCUUCUUCUUCUUCUUGUGCAAUGGAGGAUGAUGGUGAGUGGGUUCUGGUGCGGAGCCCUGCAGAGAAGGACCUGUGGACGCCAUCUUUAGUGGUGGAGGAGGAGGAGAGUUCUAGGCCUCUGAAGGUCACAUUUUCUGGGCCUGCAAAGCACUGGACUGAUGCUAUACCAAUUGGAAAUGGCAGGCUUGGAGCCAUGGUUUGGGGUGGUGUGGCAUCAGAAACUCUCCAACUCAAUGAGGACACACUCUGGACUGGAAAUCCUGGUAACUAUACCAACCCAAAAGCUCCAGAGGUACUAACAGAGGUUAGAAAACUUGUUGACGAUGGUAAAUUUGUCGAAGCUACUGAAGCAGCCCUCAAGUUGUCAGGAGAAGCUUCUGCUGUUUAUCAACCACUCGGUGACAUCAACCUGGAAUUCGGUGACUCUCAUCUCAAAUAUGAUGAAGAAACUUACAGCAGAGAGCUAGAUCUGGAUACUGCAACAGCAAGGAUACAUUACUCAGUGGGCGAUGUAGAAUAUACGAGGGAGCACUUUUCGUCUUAUCCUAAUCAAGUGAUUGUGACAAAGAUCUCCGCUAGCAAACCAGGGUCCCUAUCAUUUACAGUUUCUCUAGGCAGCAAGUUACAGCAUAAUUCAAAUGUAAAUGGUAAUAAGCAAAUUAUACUACAAGGAAGUUGUCCUGGCAAUCCAAAUGGGAUUCUGUUUUCGGCAGUUGUUGAUUUGCAGAUUAGUAACGGCAGUGGUGCCAUACAUGUUUUGGAUGACAACAAAUUAAGGGUUGAAGAUUCAGAUUGGGCUGUUUUGCUUCUUGUGGCCUCAUCAUCAUUUGAUGGACCAUUUACUAAGCCCUCUGAUUCUAAGAGGGAUCCAAUUUCAGAGUCUCUUACUGCAUUGAAUUCAAUAAGAAAUUUUUCUUAUUCGGAUCUUUAUGCUUAUCAUUUGGAUGACUAUCAGAAUCUUUUCCAUCGUGUCUCGUUGCAGCUUUCUAAGAGCUCCAAGAACAAUUUAGGAGAUAAAACUUUGGAGGCAAAGAAACGUAUGACCAAUUUGAAUAUAAAGGGAAGUGAUGAUGCCUUCGUUUCAACUGCUGACCGGGUGAAAUCCUUCAAAACUGAUGAAGAUCCUUCCUUUGUGGAACUUUUAUUCCAGUAUGGCCGGUAUCUGCUUAUUUCUUGUUCACGGGUUGGAACUCAAGUUGCAAACCUGCAGGGUAUAUGGAGCAAGGAUCUUUACCCUCCAUGGGAUGGCGCUCAGCAUCUAAACAUAAAUCUUCAAAUGAAUUACUGGCCAUCCCUUCCUUGUAACCUAAGAGAAUGCCAGGAGCCCUUAUUUGAUUACACAUCUUCUUUAUCCAUCAACGGGAGUAAAACGGCUAAGGUGAACUAUGAAGCCAGUGGUUGGGUUGUGCAUCAAGUGUCUGACAUAUGGGCAAAAACAUCACCCGAUCGAGGUCAAGCUGUGUGGGCUUUAUGGCCAAUGGGAGGAGCCUGGAUUUGUACUCAUCUAUGGGAACAUUUUACUUAUACGAUGGACAAAGAUUUUCUAAAAAACAAGGCAUAUCCUUUGUUGGAAGGAUGUACAUCAUUUCUGCUAGAUUGGUUGAUUGAAGGCCGUGGAGGGUAUCUUCAAACCAACCCGUCAACUUCUCCAGAGCACAUGUUUAUUGCUCCUGAUGGUAAGCAGGCAAGCGUGAGCUACUCAUCAACCAUGGACAUAUCAAUCAUCAAAGAAGUUUUCUCAGCAAUACUUUCUGCGGCUGAGAUUUUGGGAAAAACACAGGAUGCUCUUGUUGGAAAAGUUCGUGAGGCUCAAUCUCGGCUGCCACCCACAAAAAUUGCUAAAGAUGGUUCUAUCAUGGAAUGGGCACAAGAUUUUGAGGACCCAGAUAUGCACCAUCGACAUGUAUCACACCUGUUUGGCUUGUAUCCAGGACAUACAAUAACCGUUGAGAAAACUCCAUAUCUCAGUAAAGCUGUCGAUUAUACACUCGUUAAAAGAGGAGAGGAGGGUCCAGGAUGGUCGACUACAUGGAAGACUGCGUUGUGGGCACGUCUUCACAAUAGUGAGCAUGCAUAUCGUAUGGUAAAGCAUUUAAUUGACUUGGUGGAUCCAGAUCACGAAAGCGAUUUUGAAGGAGGACUAUACGGUAACUUGUUCACUGCACAUCCCCCUUUCCAGAUUGACGCCAACUUUGGUUUUUCAGCAGCAGUUGCAGAAAUGCUUGUCCAAAGCACCGUCAAGGACCUGUAUUUUCUUCCCGCUCUUCCACGGGUUAAAUGGGCAAACGGUUGUGUGAAAGGACUGAAAGCUCGUGGCGGGGUGACAGUCAAUAUAUGUUGGAAGGAAGGUGACCUUCAUGAAGUUGGUCUUUGGUCUAAGGACCAUAACACCACGAAAAUAUUACAUUAUAGUGGAAGUACAGUUAUAGCAAACAUAUCAUCUGGCAGGAUCUAUACUUUCAACAGACAGUUAAAAUGUUUGAGGACAACAUAUCUCUGAGAGCAGCAUAUUAUCGUCAAGCUUUGAGGUUAAAUUCAUCCUAUUGAUUUAUUCCCAAUAAACGUGGAAACGAAGUCCCUUCUUCGUUUCUUCUUUUGUAUCUGUGAUUCAGUGUCAUGUCCAUCCAUUUGUUGUGAGAAACUUUUUGAAACUGAUUUUAGUUUAGCAAAUGAGAGAAUAAUCCAAGGUGUUUUACUUGUAUUAUCAUUAGCGACACAACAAAGAAUUCUCUAAGAGUUUUAUUUGUGAGUUGUCAUUGGAUUCUCAUAUGACAACCCGUUCCUAAUUUUCCAUGUAAUUUUCUUCCUGAGUGUGUAAAAUGACGAUUAUGCCCUUGUUGGCAAAGUAGAACCUGACGUGGACGUUGUUAUUCGGCCUUUAAUUUAAUUGUCCUAUUACUGUAGUUAAA